AUGUUAAGAAUUAAAACUAUUUUUAAUUCCACAUAUCAAUUUCAAAGAUUAUUUUCAUUAUAUAAAACAAAUAAUGAAAAAAAUUCAAUGUCAUCACCAGCAAUAUUAAAUUCAACAAUAAAAACACUUAUCGAUAAAAAACAAUAUAAACAAGCCGUAGAUCUAUGCUAUCAAAAUCUUGAAAAAUGUACAAAUUAUACAAUUAGCAUAGCAAUUAAUGCUUGUAAUAUAUUAAAUGAUUAUCAACGUGGUAUCGAUAUUAAAGAAAAAAUUCCAUCAAAUGCACUUGAAAAUUCUUAUAUUCAAACAUCAUUAAUUCGGUUCUAUACACAAUGUCAUGACAUUGAUAAUGCACUUCAUCUGUUCUCUUCGAUAACAAAAAAAAAUAGUUUUAUCUAUACAGCUAUGUUCAAAGGUUUAAUAUCUAAUAAUAUGCCAGAAAAAGUAUUGGAUUUAUUUGAUGAAAUGACAUUUAAACCUGACAAGUUUAUUCUGGCAGUUUUAUUUAAUGCAUGUGGUGAAGUUGCUAAUGAUCGAGCGAUGAAGAUUGGAAGAAAACUGCUUGAUGAUAUGCUUAAUAAUUAUCGAAAUGAUAUUGUCUUAUUAAAUUCAGCAAUAGAUAUGUUAAUGAAAUUUGGUGAUGUUCAAGGUGCUGAACGUAUUUUUGGUUCAAUCAAGACGAAAGAUAUUAUUACUUAUAAUGCUAUGAUGAAAGGAUAUAUUCGAAAUAAAAUAUAUGAAAAAUCAUUGGAUUUAUUUGAACAAAUCAAUUUCAAUGUAGAUGAUGUAACUUAUAUUAUUGUAUGUAAUGCAUGUGCUCAACUUGCUAAUGAUCGAGCAAUAAAAAUUGGAAAAGAACUUCUUCAUGAAAUGCCUAAUAUUCAUCGAAAUAAUAAUGUACUAUUAACUUCAGCAAUAGAUAUGUUAAUGAAAUUUGGUGAUGUUCAAGGUGCUGAACGUACUUUUGAUUCAAUCAAGAAGAAAGAUAUUAUUACUUAUAAUGCUAUGAUGAAAGGAUAUGUUCAAAAUGAAAUGUAUGAAAAAUCGUUGGAUUUAGUUGAACAGAUGGAUUCAAACUUAAAUCAUGUAACUUAUGCUAUCCUAUUUAAUGCAUGUGUUCAACUUGCUAAUGAUCGAGCAAUAAAAACUGGAAAAAAACUUCUUCAUGAAAUGUCUAAUAAUUACCGAAAUAAUACUGUCUUAUUAAAUUCAGCGAUAGAUAUGUUAAUGAAAUUUGGUGAUGUUCAAGGUGCUGAACGUAUUUUUGAUUCAAUCAAGACGAAAGAUAUUGUUUCUUACGGUGCUAUAAUGAAAGGAUAUAUUCGAAAUGAAAUGUAUGAAAAAUCGUUGGAUUUAUUUGAACAAAUCAAUUUCAAUGUAGAUGAUGUAACUUAUAUUAUUGUAUUUAAUGCAUGUGCUCAACUUGCUAAUGAUCGAGCAAUAAAAAUUGGAAAAAAACUUCUUCAUGAAAUGCCUAAUAUUCAUCGAAAUAAUAAUGUACUAUUAACUUCAGCAAUAGAUAUGUUAAUGAAAUUUGGUGAGGUUGAAAAUGCUGAACAUUUUGUUAAAUUGAUAAGAAACAAAAAUAUUAUGACGUAUGGUGCUUUAAUGAAUGGUUACAAUAUUAAUGGUGAACCGUGGAAAUGUUUGAAGAUUUUUCAAGAAAUAAAACAAAAGAAUAUUGUUCUAAAUGAGAUCAUAUGGAAUUUAGUUAUCGGAUCAUAUUCACAAAUUGGUAUGAUUCGACAAGCUGAAUAUAUAAGUAAUCAAAUUCCUUUACAUAUUCAAAAUGAAAAACAAAUACAAAACUCAAUGAUUCAUAUGUGGGGCAAAUGUGGUUCUAUUGUAAAGGCCCAAAAUGUGUUUAAAUUAGUUUAUGAUCCUGGUACAGUGACAUACAAUGCGAUGAUUAAUGGAUUUGGACUUAAUGGAAUGGGUUCUGAAGCAAUUGAAUUAUAUAGAGAGAUGCCAAAUAAUCUACAUAAUGAAAUUUCACAUAUUUGUGUAUUAAAUGCAUGUUCUCAUUCAGGUCUUCUUCAUCAAGCUCAGAAUAUAUUCAAUGAAAUUAAUUUGAAAACAGAAAAAAUCGUAACUAUUAUGGUUGAUUGUUUAAGUCGUUUGUUUUUAUUUGAUGAAGCAUUAAAUAUGAUAGAUGAAUAUGAAAAGAAAAACUCACCAUGUUUUGUCAUGUAUAUGUGUUUAUUAUCUGGUGCACGUAAUAAUCGCAAUAGAAAUUUAUCUGAAAAGAUAUAUAAUCGAAUGAAAUAUUUGUUUCCUGAUCAGAAACAACGUCUUGCAUCAGGUGUAAUUCUUCUAUCAAAUAUAUAUUCAUCUGUCGGUGAACAUCAAUUAGCAAAAAACUUUCGAUCUAGUCAAAUAAAAGAAUUAGGAGUAAAAGUCAAAAUGGGAUUAUCAUGGACUGAUGCAAAUGGUGAAAUAGUCGCAUUCAAAGCUCAUGAUCAUUCUCAUCCUCAAUCAAGAGAAAUCCAUGCUGAAGCUGGUCGUAUACACCGUGAAUUGAUUGAAGAUGGCUACAAGUGUGAUUCUUCUUGGGUAACUCGUGAAUUAUACGAAGAAGAAACUAUUGAAUCAGCUUUAUGUGGUCAUAGUGAAAGAUUGGCAAUAGCCUUUAAUUUUAUUCAACGACCUAUUCCAGAAUUUAUUCAAGUCACAAAAAAUCUUCGUGUUUGUGGUGACUGUCAUGAAGCUACAAAACGAAUUGCAAGAAUUCGACAACGUGAAAUUAUCGUCCGUGACGCUAAUCGAAUCCAUCAUUUUUACAAAAAUGGACAAUGUUCCUGUCAGGAUCAUUUUUGA